UCUUCUCGAUGGCGAGCGCCGGACGAGUAGGAGGAAUCCCUGAUGGGCGAUGGUCACACCCACGGGAGAGAGAGAGGCUGCGCACGCGCAAGGCUAACAAAAAGCCUCCUUCUAGAGCUGCGACGCAUGCGCUCGCUUUAGACGGCUCUGUAUCCGCCUUGUGCGCAUGCGCUCCUGCCGGUGAGGCGUUCGAAGUACUGUCCAAGAUCUGCUGACCGUGGGCAGGUCUGAAAUUCCGCUGUGUGGAAGGAGAAAGAAAGUCGUUUUGUCCUCGCCGUGUCUGUGAGGGAGGUGGAACUCGGGAGUCUUCGUAAUGGGCCUUUCUUAGACGGUUUCCGGGUAGAGCCGCAGAAGGCGCUCUCGGUCUUUCGUUAUUGUCCGCUGCGUCCGCCAGUCGCUCUUACCCACCGCACUACAAUUCCCCGAAGCCCUUGCGACUUUGCCUUUGCCCAGCCUCCGCCGCGCGAUGCAUUCUGGGAAUUGAGGUCCGACGCGGCGGCAACAACAGCCGCUCACCGCUAUUAUGAAGAGAGUCAACAGCAGCAGCCUCAGUGGGGAGGAUCUGCUCUUGGAAGAUUUGGAGACGGAAGGAGAGAGGCAGCUCAAGAGCCUUCUGCAUCAUCAGCUAGAUACAUCUGCUUCUAUUGAAGAGUGUGUGUCCAAGCGCCGGCGCUUUGCACCUGCAGCUGUGUACAAGCCCUUUGGUGAAGAAGUUGCAGGGACUCAUAGCUUACUCCAGUUCCAGGCUCUACAGGAGAGCAACAAGGAGAUUGCCUCUCUCAGGGAGCUUGGCCUCUCAGAGUCUGAGAUCCACCUCUGGAAGAACCAUGCAUCAGCAGGCAAGAGCUCUGGACUUGGGGCAGCCCCUGAAGCAAUGCAGGAUAGGAUACAGGCUAUCCAGGAGAAAAUCGCAGAGCGCCAGCGCAUUCUCUCUUUGCCACAGAGAUUUGCAGGCAGCAAAGAGCUGAGCAGGCGUGAGAUGGAAAUAGAGAAUGCUCUCUUCCAGGGCACUGACCGCCACUCCUUCCUGAGGAUGCUCUAUCACCAAGAUGAAGUUAAGCAGAAAGCCAAAUAUGAGAAGGACCCAAUGGCUCACCUGGAGACCGUUUAUCAAGAAAUACUAUGCCAAGGGCAUCCUGAAUUGGCCCAGCCUUCCACAAGUGAUAUGAGCCCCUCAUGCUCCAAGACUACUAGCACCUCUCCAGUGAGGCAGGACUUGACCCCACAAUCUGCUUCAGGGCCUGUGAAGGUGACAGAGGUAGUAGAGUUUGUCCCAGAAGAGGAGAUCCUAAAGAAUAAUCUCUCAGAGGAAGAAAUCCGCAAGAUCCCCAGGUUUUCCUCCUAUAGCCCUGGUGAGCCGAACAAGGUAUUGUAUCUGAAGAACCUCAGCCCUUAUGUGACAGUGAAGCACCUGGUGUCAUUGUUUGCAAGGUUCCAGGAAAAGGAUGGCCCAGAGAUUCAUUUCCGAAUGCUGAGCGGGCGCAUGAGAGGACAGGCCUUUCUCACAUUUCCUCGUGUCUCGACGGCACAGGCUGCAUUGAAACUGGUGAAUGGGUUCAGCCUGCUGGGGAAGCCGCUUGUGAUUGAGUUUGGGAGAAACAAAGCUGGCCAGUUUCUUUCUGAUGCAGAGUCUGCACUGAGUUCUGGCAGCUCCAGCUCGCUGUAGAGGGCAAGCAGUUCAUAGGUGUUGUGUUGGUUUACCAGGUCAUGCUUCUUGAAUCUGGAGCUGGGAGCAAAACGAACAACAGCAUUGAAUCCAGACGGAGAGAACAGGAAGGAACCUUUUUCCUCUGGGAGUAAAAAAGAGAUUCUCAGAAGGAGGGAGGGAGGAAGAGAGACUGACACUGGUGUGGAGCUGCGUGAUAAAAACAGCUAUUUUACGGCAUUUUAGUAGACCUUCUGUUAGCAAGAAGGAAGACUGUCAUCUUAGAAAAUGGGACACAGACUCUUUUCCUUUACAGUCAAAGCCUUGGAGGCAGCCUUGCAUGAACCCAUAAGUCCUUUUGGCCUCUGCUGUCAGGCUGUAGUAGGUGCGUCUGGCAGAGUCUGGCAGAGCGUGUGCUUGCGGGAACAAGCACAGUUACUCAUCCUUGGCUGCUAUUCUGUUUGUUUGUUGUUGAAGAAAAAUAAUGGAAGGGUUCUUUCAGUGUUUUGAGCAGUAUUUUUAAAAACAUAUUUCUUUCCUUUACGAAGAUGAAUACAACCAUCUCUCUGCAGCCCCA